UAAUCUUGGCCUUUUCCCCUUUCUAGGCAUCAAUUUCUUGUCCCUUUCUACCAACCUCACCUUUUUCCAAGUCCCAUGUGCACAGUACACUCAUUGAAUUGAAACCACCAACCAAGAAGCAUUGAAACUUGAAUGACACCAGAAGAGUGAGAGAAGGAAAAAUAGGUGAAGAUCAUGGCUGAUUGGGGGCCAGUUUUUGUGUCUGUGGUGCUCUUCAUCCUCUUGACUCCAGGGUUGCUGAUCCAGAUUCCUGGUAAAGGCAAAAUGGUAGAGUUUGGCAACUUUCAGACAAGUGGAGUGUCCAUAUUGGUUCAUUCCAUCCUCUACUUUGCUCUUGUUUGUAUCUUCUUGAUGGCUAUUGGAGUACACAUGUACACUGGUUCCUGAUCCCAUGAUAUCUUUUGUAUACACACACAAACACAUUACUUAUAAUUCAUUUCUUCUUGGUUUAAGUUGUGGGGUUUAUUUGUUUUGCUAAAAACUAAUUCUGUGCAUUCAUGCUUGUGAGGGAAUGACAAAACAUUUUAUUUUUCAGCGCAUCUGUCAAGUAAAACAUCAUGGUCUGUGGAUUUCACAGGAUCCGUGUUUUGUUCCAAUGGUUCUGAUAUUUGUUACUAGGAAUAGGAGUGUUACAAAAGGGUUGACACUUUACACUUCAGUGUUUGUACAUGUCAUUACUUAUUGGCUUCUUUAAUGUAUUUUAUGAUAUACUACAAGUAAGCAUUUAGAUGCCA